CCCUUGCGAAUGCUUUGCUUUCCCUACUACUAACUCUGUUGUUAAACAAAAUACUUUCUCCCUCAUAAGUAUACUUGCUGCAUCAAUGGCUGCGUCAACAUCAACAGCAUAUAACACGUACCCUUACCCAUCAACACUUAAUGUAGCAAAUUUCGUAACCAUAAAACUCUCUGAUUCUUCCAAUUAUAGACUAUGGAAAGCCCAGAUGCUUUGCCUACUCCGGAGUCAAGAAUUGUUUGGUUUUGUCGACGGAACCAUCCAACCACCUAAUGAGCAUGGUAACGGAGCCAUUGCAAACCAAGAUUACUGCAAGUGGGAAAAAAGUGACCAGCUUGUUAAAGGGUGGAUAUUUGGCUCUCUGGCUAAAGAAAUGCUUCAAAAUGUGGCUGAGAAAGUCAGUGCCAGAGAUGUUUGGUUGGAAUUAGAGGAUAUCUGCUGCCUCAAAUUCCCGGACGAACCUGAAGAAGGUAUGAGAGCGCAGCCAACAAUUGAUGAAAGCGUGGAAUCAAACAAAGAUUACAAGUACUACUUGCCACUGUAUGAGGCAUUGCUAUGUGGGAACUUGAAUAAAGCAGAAACAUUCUUGAUGAUAGACGAUGAAGAAGGUAGAGCUCAGAACACUUCCUCUUUACAAACUGCACUUUACGUUGCAAUUGCAGAGAGGAACGACAUAGAGGACUCGGUACCUUCAGAGAACAAUGACAAAUACUCUUUCAUAGAGAAAUUGGUGGAUUUAAUGGCGGAUGAUGAUGGAUUAGCCAAAAGAAACUGGCUCGGGGAAACGCCUCUUCAUUAUGCUGCUCGGUUUGACAACUUACGUGCAGCUGAAGUUCUAGUCAACAAAAACCCUAAAUUGCCCCAUCUUGCAUGCUACAAUGGUCUCUAUCCGAUUCAUCUAGCAGUGGAAUAUGGAUACAAAUCUAAGGAUUUGGUUCCUUAUUUCUUCAAUGUCACCGAGGAUCCUGCUCCUUAUACUGGUCGAGCUGGUUUUAGGCUGCUUUAUAGAUUAAUUUGUUCGGAAUUGUUCGAUUUGGCCACGGAUUUGAUAGAAAGGUUUCCAGAUUUGGCCAAAUAUUCAAAUGAAUCAUCUCCUCUCUCGCUGCUGGCUACAAGGCCAUCGGCAUUCCAUGGUCCACUUGAUAAAUACAAGAUCAUACGAUUACUUUGGGCUGAGCCAAGUGGGAGCACGGCGGUUUAUUUGAAUAUCUUUCAACUAAUAAUAGAUAUGCAAGCCAAAAUUUUUGGUUCCGAGAAGCCAGUUAAAUUAGCAGAACGCCUUUGCCGAAAACUGGAAAAUUUAAGUGAGGAAGAGAUCAAGUCCAUGGUUAGUGGUCCUCUCCUUGAAGCAGCACGUGUUGACAACUACAAGCUUGUCCGAAUUAUUUUACAAAGAUUUCCUUCAUCAGUCGAUUAUUGCAACAAAAAGAAUGGGCAGAAUAUACUUCACAUUGCAACAGAAAAUCACAGCACACGCGUGUUUAAGAUGCUCAAUGGGAUGAGUCGUCAUCAUUGGCACUACCUGAUGAGUUAAGUAGAUUCCUCUAACAACACCGUGUUGCAUUUGGCUGGAAAACGUUCCCCUGAAAAUGAACUAGAUCAAUAUCGUACCUUUGGCGCGGCUCUUCAGAUGCACGAAGAGUUGCUGUGGUUUGAGGACGUGAAGAAGUUGGUACCGCCUUCUUAUUAUGAGCGUUUAAACGACGAGGGUAAAACUGCUCGUCAAGUAUUUACUGAGCAACACGCAAAUCUGAAAAUAGAAGGAGAAAAAUGGUUGAAAAAUACAGCAAAAUCCUACGUAAUUCUAGUAGGGCUGAUUGUUACCAUUUCAUAUGCAGCAGCAAUUACAGUUCCAGGUGGCAUUAACAACAAUAGUGGAUAUCCAACCUUCUCAGAAAACAAAUAUUUCCAGACAUUCGCCAUGCUUAUUACAGCAUCGCUCUGCGCUUCCUGCCUUUCCUUAUUCGCGUUCGUUUCUAUCUUAAAUUCUCGUUAUGCAGAAAAAGAUUUUCUCCAUUCUUUGCCUGGUUGUCUAUAUUGGGGAUGUUGGGCUAUGAUUGUCUCCAUAGAUUCGAUGUUGAUGAGCUUUGUGUGCGCGCUGUAUUUUCUGCACAAGGGGAACAAAAUUUUAUAUGGUGGAGGGUUCAUACUGGCUUCUUUAGUGCAAAUAAAAUUUCUUUAUUGGCAAGGUAAACUAUUAGUA